AUGUAUGUAUGGUCAUACGAUGUCUGCACAGCCAAUCGUCUAGCCAACUUUACAUCCGUUUGGUCCGCACUAAGAGAUCGAUUAAUCACUCCCACAGAUCUGUGCAAUCAUCUUCUUCGUGCCUACUGUGCUGUCAUCUUCGAAGUCCAGCGAUAUUGGAUCUUGUGUCUACUUCAAUUUUGUGCAAGUUAUAAUUCUGAACUAUUGAAGGCUUUGGAAGGAUAUAAAGAUACCUUGUGUGAUUUUGAGAAAUCGGCUUCUGAAAAUGUUCGAAUAAAGUUGUCCCAAAUCGAUUUGGACGGUGAAUUGACGGAAUUAUAUUACUACGAUCUGCAAAAAGCCUUUGCGAAUUUGUAUUCUGCACCAUUUCGAAGGCGGGUAAAGGACUUAACUAAAUCAAAUAGUGAAUGCGUCAAAGAAAGUGAAAUUGAUGACUGCCUCGAACAAAUAGAGAAAGGUGAAUCGAUUUGGACCCACAUUCUGACUUUCUACGAUCCGAAAUUGCCAGACAAAGACGAUAAGUUGUUUUUAAAGCGCUCUACGCAUCCAGAUAUAGUUCAUAAGUUUGAAUCUCAAAAACAGAAAUACACAAAACCAUUCGGAGAUGCGAAAGAUGGUCUGCUGAGGCUGAAACACAGUGACCGUUGGACUCACUUCAAAUCUGAAAAGGUCGAUGAAAAGACGUGUCAACCUCAAUUAUCCGGAGAUGAUCUUAUCGAUUUUGGGGAACGUGAUACAAUAGUAAUAACAACACCAAAAACAACGACACAUUCGCCUCAACUAAUGCAAAUGACGGAAAAUAAAUGCUGGCAACCUCCCCAAAAUACAGAAAUGCCGGAAUGA